AGGGCAAGCAGAUGGCUAAAUGCUUUUUGUUUUUUAACACUCUCUUUUUUUUGUUGUUGUUGUUGUUUUAUAGCUUUCAUGAAACAGAGAAGAAUGGGGCUUAAUGAUUUCAUUCAGAAGAUAGCCACAAACUCCUAUGCAUGCAAGCACCCUGAAGUACAAUCUAUCUUGAAAAUCUCCCAGCCUCAAGAGCCUGAACUUAUGAACGCUAAUCCGUCUCCUCCGCCCAGUCCGUCACAGCAGAUAAAUCUUGGCCCAUCAUCCAACCCACAUGCCAAGCCAUCAGACUUUCAUUUCUUAAAAGUUAUUGGAAAAGGAAGCUUUGGAAAGGUUCUUCUUGCACGGCAUAAGGCGGAAGAGCAGUUUUAUGCUGUUAAAGUCCUACAGAAAAAAGCAAUCCUGAAGAAGAAGGAGGAAAAGCACAUCAUGUCAGAGCGCAAUGUCCUGCUGAAAAAUGUGAAACACCCCUUCCUGGUCGGACUUCACUUCUCCUUCCAAACUGCAGACAAACUGUAUUUUGUCCUGGACUACAUCAAUGGCGGAGAGUUGUUCUACCAUCUCCAGAGGGAGCGUUGCUUCCUGGAGCCAAGGGCCCGAUUUUAUGCUGCUGAAAUUGCCAGUGCGUUGGGCUACCUGCACUCCCUGAACAUUGUCUAUCGUGACUUGAAGCCAGAGAAUAUUCUACUUGAUUCGCAGGGGCACAUUGUUUUGACUGACUUUGGACUCUGCAAGGAAAACAUAGAGCACAAUGGCACAACCUCCACCUUCUGUGGCACACCUGAGUACCUUGCUCCUGAAGUUCUUCACAAGCAGCCCUAUGACAGGACUGUGGACUGGUGGUGCCUUGGAGCAGUCUUGUACGAGAUGCUUUAUGGCCUGCCGCCUUUCUACAGCAGGAACACAGCAGAAAUGUAUGAUAACAUCUUGAACAAACCUUUGCAACUGAAGCCAAAUAUUACCAACUCUGCUAGACAUCUCCUGGAAGGCCUUCUGCAGAAAGACAGGACAAAGAGGCUUGGUGCCAAGGAGGACUUUACGGAGAUUAAGAAUCACAUCUUCUUCUCCCCAAUUAACUGGGAUGAUCUUAUUAAUAAGAAGAUUACCCCCCCUUUUAACCCAAAUGUGAGUGGCCCCAAUGACCUGCGGCACUUUGAUCCUGAAUUUACAGAUGAGCCAGUCCCCAGCUCUAUUGGCCAGUCUCCAGACAGCAUCCUCAUCACCGCCAGCGUCAAAGAAGCUGCUGAGGCUUUUUUGGGCUUCUCAUAUGCCCCACCUGUGGACUCUUUCUUGUGAACAUUUUUCUUUCUUACUUUUUUUUUAAUAAUAAUAACUAUUAUU